CAGGUGCAGGAUACGGGCAGAUAUGGAUGCAUGCAUGGGGGCACCGUUUUACGGUUUCCAGAAGGGAUGGAAUAAUGGCGUCGUCCGCUGAUUGCCGCCGUGUCUCCAUCCAUUCUCAUCGCAGCCAUGGAGAUGGAGAUGGAGAUGGAUGGCCUACAGCUGCACCCUGCACGCCGUCUAUAAAUACCGCCAGCGCACCGGCGGGCCGGCCCACACCACAAACCGCGCCAUCGCUCACACACACGGCGCCAUCGCUCACACACACGGCGCCAGACAAGUUAACCGAGGCCGGCCACACACACCUCGACCGCGAUCGACGACGGCGCCCAUGGAGCGUCGCCGGAAGAGCCGCCCGCCGUCGGUGGCCGCCGCCGCCGGAGCCCUCCUUCUCUGCCUGGCGACGCUGGUGGUGGUGGCCACGGCGGCCGGCUGCCACGCGGGCGGCGAGCGGCGGGGGAGGGGGAGCCGUCGGCAUCGUCACCGGGAGCAGCUGUGGGUGUUCGGCGACUCGUACGCGGACACGGGCAACCUGGGGAACCUGGGGCGGGAGCUCACCCACGCCUGGUACGACCCAUACGGCAACACCUUCCCCCGCCGCCCCGCCGGCCGCUUCUCCGACGGCCGCGUCCUCACCGACUUCGUCGCCAAGGCGCUGGGGAUGCGGACGCCGGUGGCGUACAAGGCGCGGCGGCGGGCGUCGCCGGAGGCGCUCGCCCGCGGCAUGAACUUCGCCGUGGGCGGCGCCGGCGUGCUCGACACCGGCAACUUCCAGCGAAACAUCAGCGCACAGAUCGACCUCUUCCAGGACAUGCACCGCCGCCGGCAGCGGACGGGCUGCGGCGGCAUCGGCAGGCGGACGGCGCUCGUCGUCGUCUCCGGCAACGACUACGCCUACGCCGCCGCCGACAAGGACAACGGCACCAGCGCGGCGAUCGCGUACAUCCCGACGGUGGUGCGGGAGCUCCGGGAGCAGCUCCGGCGGCUGCGCGGCGAGGCGGGGAUGCGGAGGGUGGUGGUGACCAACCUGCACCCCAUGGGGUGCACGCCGGUGUUCACCCGCCCGCUCAACUACACCGGCUGCGACCCGCUGGCCAACGCCGGCGCCGCCCAGCACAACGCCGCACUCCGGUCGGUCCUCGCCACCCUCGACCCCAACAACCGCACAUUCCUCCUCCUCGACGUCCACACCCCCUUCGCCGCCUUCCUCCUCAACGACGACGACAACGAUGACAAAAGCGACAAGAGGUUCGCGAGCACGCUGCGGCCGUGCUGCGAGAGCUUCAGGCCCGACGGCUACUGCGGCGAGGAGGACGAGAACGGCACGCGGCAGUACACCCUCUGCGACGACCCCGGCCGCUUCUUCUACUGGGACGACGUGCACCCGACGCAGGCCGCCUGGGCCGCCGUCGCCCGAACCUUCAGGGCCGCCGUCAAGAGCUUCCUCUCCACCUGACAAGACAUGGCCACCAUGGUUUUGCACUUGUCAUAGACAGAAGCUAUUAGUAGUACCCAGCAGAAAGCACUACUAACCAACACCAUUGUUCUCCCCUGUUUCUGUUUCUGCUACACCUGAAACAAAAGCUUCCAGAAAUACAAGAAGCAGAUUCCAAA